AUGCCAAUCUUCUCCGCCAGUGCCAUCGGAGAAGGUGUAGUAUCACAUGGCCAGAAUGUGAAUGUUGAUUCUGCACAUGGGGUGCCAGCAGCUGCAGCCUUGUUCCCAGCCCCUCUUCACCAUCUUUCAGAUUGGGCGAAUCCUGCGGAAGAGCGAGCAAAAUACAAGUAUGACCAAGACAAGGAGCUUCAUUUGCUGAAAUUCAAGGCCACGAAUGGAACUGACCGGGGAUUCUUGAGUUUCUUUGCUGUUCAUGGAACCAGUUUAUAUGAGAAUAAUACACUCGUUAGUACCGAUAAUAAGGGGAUGGCGGCCUACCUUUAUGAAGCAUACGCCCAACCGAACGUCCUCCCAGGCAAGAACACAUUUAUCGCGGGAUUUGUGCAAGGUGCGCCUAGCAUGACUGCGGGAGCAAUCUUUUCUAGCAUACGCCCAACCGAACGUCCUCCCAGGCAAGAAACAUUUAUCGCGGGAUUUGUGCAAGCCAAUGUUGGAGACACAAGCCCCAACACCCUAGGAGCAUACGUGAGAGCCCCGGGCAACCUUGGGACGGCCAGCCUUGCGAAUACCAGAGGUCUACCUGCGGUAACCGGACUCAGGAUUGUCAUGGACGGUUUCCGCGUUUCCGAUUUCGAAUCCAACCUCAUUAUUGGAACCAACCAGUUCAAUGGCGCAAAAACGCUAAUGGGUAGCACACUGCCGGGUGUAUCUGGCGCUGUGAGGAGCUUGCAUAGCUAUGUGAACAUGUCGAACUACUCUUUUGUUUUGGCCAACGGAACAACAGUUGCGACUUGCCCUCCUGCGAUGGGAUAUUCUUUUGCUGGUGGAACAACGCAAUCUGUUUCAAGUGAUGGACCUGGAGCAUUCGAUUUUACUCAAGGAGACAAUUCUACAUCCCAGAACCCCUUCUGGGAGAUAGUCAAAGGCGCGGUAACUGCUCCACCAAACGAAGCACAAAAGGCGUGUCAUUAUCCAAAACCCAUCCUUUUGAACACUGGCUACGCCAACACGCCGUAUCCAUGGCAGCCUUCAAUUGUUGAUAUUCAGAUACGAUUGCGUGAGGCUGUCCGCGCGAAACUCAUUUUGAACGGAGUGAUUGGAAGUAAUGCAUACGUUGUUGUUGCCGGUCCUGCGAAUACCUACGCUCAUUAUGUAACUACUCGUGAGGAGUACUCAAUUCAGCGUUACGAAGGAGCCUCUACGAUCUACGGACCUUUCACACUCGAAGCAUACACCGACUUGUUCACCAAGUAUGUUCCAUUCCUUGCGGAUAACAAAGCCAUUUCACUACAGACGGGCGUGGUAUUUGAUGCUUCACCAAUUGGGAAGAGCUUUGGUUCUGUGCUCACGGAUGUCAAUACAAGCGCGCCGUACAAGCGAGGUCAGACUGUAACAACCGUUUUUCAAGGUGCCAACCCUCGCAAUAAUCUACGAUUGGAAGGUACUUUUAUGACAAUCGACCAACUCAUCGGUAGCACCUGGACAACGGUCCGCACUGACUCGCACCCUUCCACCAAAUUUGGGUGGUUAAGAACCAAUUCGGUUGGGAUACAGCACUGUUACUGCCAAUUGAAUGGAAAUGGAGAAAAGGCAAAGGUCCCCUUUGCGAUUCAUCUUAUCGCAGGUGGAACAGCUGGAAUGGCAGAGGCGCUUUGUUGCCAACCUCUGGAUACUAUCAAAGUCCGAAUGCAGCUUUCACGAUCUGGUAGAAUGCCAGGAAUCGUUCGCCGUGAAACGCCUCUUGCGUUGUACAAGGGUCUCGGAGCCGUACUGAGCGGUAUCAUACCCAAAAUGGCGAUCCGGUUUACAAGUUUCGAGGCAUACAAGGGGUUCUUGACGGACAAACAGACGGGUAAAGCGAGUACCGGCAUGGUUUUCAUUGCUGGUUUGGGUGCCGGUGUCACUGAAGCUGUCGCAGUGGUUACACCUAUGGAAGUGGUCAAAAUUCGUCUACAGGCACAACAGCAUUCGCUGGCCGACCCUCUCGAAGUCCCACGCUACCGAAACGCCGCGCACGCCGCAUAUACCAUUGUCCGAGAAGAAGGUUUCUCUACACUCUAUCGUGGAGUCAGUCUCACGGCUCUGAGGCAGGCUACGAAUCAGGGUGCCAACUUUACUGCUUACCAAGAACUGAAGAAAGCAGCACACAAAUGGCAACCUGAUCUUGUCGAUCUUCCUUCGUGGCAACACAUGUUAAUCGGUCUCAUUUCGGGAGCCAUGGGUCCGUUCUCCAAUGCCCCCAUCGACACAAUCAAGACGCGAUUGCAAAAAGCGCCUGCUGAGCCCGGUCAGACGGCCUUGGCUCGGAUUACGGCGAUUGGUGCGGACAUGUGGAAGCAGGAGGGUGUACGAUCGUUCUACAAAGGAAUCACGCCCCGAGUGCUGCGUGUCGCGCCUGGGCAAGCUAUUGUUUUUGCGGUCUACGAGCGUGUGAGAAAGGUAAUAGAGACAGUUCGGGGAACGAACUUGGCGGACACGUAUUCAGAGUAA